AUGCAAAACACACAUGACGAUUUCCUCCUACGAAAAAAGGAAUACGAAUCUUUGGAGAAGGAAAAACCUUUCCUAGAAGAACAAAAGGAAGAUAACACAGAUCAGGUGUUUUCCAUGCCCCAUCAGGAUAAUGCAACAAAAAUUAGUAGCGACUGGAUUACGAUCAACGACCCCCAGGUGGACGAGUGUGCCAAGGAAUUAAUGGAAUGCUUCCUCAAGUGGAAAAACAAAAAUUAUAUUUCGAAAAACUGGACCUUCAACGAAUACCCCAAUUGUAAAGAAUACUAUUUUUCUCUUGUCUUUGGUGAUCUCAAAUCGUCGGAAACGAUGAAGGGCAUCAUCGAGAUGAUGCAAAUGAAGUAUAACCACCUUCUAAAUAUAUACAAGGAGAUCAACGUGCAGGCGGACUGCAUGGAGUACGACUAA